UUUGCCCCCUUGCGCCUUGCGCUUCUCUUGGUCUGGAUUAGGUCGUAACGUAAUUCCGCGUUUGAUCUGCGUUUCUCGUGGCCGGCGAUCUCUGGUUUUUCUCGAAGAAGCUCCGAUCAUGGCAGGGGUAGUCGACGACAGACUCCACUAUUCCAUCUUCGAUUCACGAAAAGGCGAUGCGCACAUGUCAAGAGGCCAGUUAAUCGAAAAAAAAAUUGACAUUCUUGAAAGCUUGACUGGCAAGGUUAGUAACAGGCGGUCUCGCAGAUGGUUAAAUGACUGCCUACUGAUUGAGCUUGUUCCUAGAUUAGAUGUGGAGGAAAUUAGAGGACUCUUUGCUCCGCCUCCAUGGGGUGAUAAGAAACCGUUAUCAGCAUUUUCCAUGACAAAUGUUAAAGAAUGGGACAUUUUCAGGAAUAUCGACAUGGAUGUAGAGGCUAGCAUUACAAAAUCCACGAAGUCUUCAAUAGAUGGAAGCGUUUAUGUGAACUCUGAUAAGGUAGUUGUAUUAAAUGCAUGGCGUCGAGUGGAUCGCAGAACAAGGCAAGCUAUGCGCCAUAAGUUCCUCCCACAACUCAUUCAAGGAUUUGAGGAACACAUAAGAGCAUUUAUCAGUGACAGUGGAGAAGGUUUGCUUGUGUUGCAUGUUCAGGAUCCCUUCCACAGAUUGUUGUUGCAUGGUGUAUGUGAGUUUUAUAACUUAACCUCCAUCACUGUUUCAAAGAUGAUGGAGGCUAAGUUGUCGAAGAUGACAAGGAUAACGAAGAAACCAGGUGGUUCUGAAACACUGCCCAACAUCACGCUCGCUCAGUUUCUGCAUAUGGCGAAGGAGGGUACUUUGUAGCUGAUUGUAUUCCCAUUUAUCGUGUACAUUGUAUAAUUUAAUCAUGUAUUUCUACCCAAUUUCUGUCCAUGUUUAAAUAACAAGGAAAUAUUUGACUAGGUUUAUUGUAUCCCUACAUCUCGUAGACCUCGCAGGAAAGAGAUUUAGAACUAAAUUAUUUCUGAAUUGUGUUUUCUCAGUUAAUAUUUAUUUCCUUAUC